AUGGCAUCCUGUCAAGAGUUUGAGGUCACUGUCCACACCUCACCUGGUCCCACCUGUGGAACCUUCAACCGCCUGUGGCUCAACCUGAUUGGCUCUCAGGGGGAGACCCCGCCCAUCAGUCUGAGCGAGGGCGACCAUCAUCUCCUGCCCGGGUCGUCCUGUCUGGUUCGGGUCCAGGCCGACGUUCCUCUGGGUCGUCUGGUUCUGGUCCGACUUCGUCUGGAGGCUCUGACCGGAUUCCCCGACCUGGACUGGCACUGCAGUCGGGUGGAGGUCCGCAGGCUGGAGGACGGGCGAGGUGGGACGGGGGCGGGGCCUGAGAGGGAUCCACAGGUACAGGUGUUCCUGUGUGACCGGUGGCUGCGACCAGCAGAGGGCGACGUGGAGCUGAGGAGCGGGAAGUUGUGUUUUCUGAAGGACGAGACCGAAGAGAAGUUGAAGCAGCAGCGACUCAAACAGCUGCAGCUUCAACAGAAGCUCAUCAGAUGGCGAAAGUUUGUCGACGGCGCUCCACAAUGUGUCGACAUGAACAGUCUGUCUGAACUCGGGCCGAACCUCAGCUACACACACAAGAGUUCAGCCGCUAACGUUCACUAUCUGAAAGGCUUUGCCGGCCGACUGGAGGCCUGGUCGAGUUUCACAGAGCUGGAGACGGUUUUCGCCCACAUCGGAAACCAGAACAACAUCGCCUGGUUCGUUAAGACUCACUGGAUGGAGGAUUGGUACUUUGGCUACCAGUGUCUGAAUGGCUGUAACCCUCUGAUGCUGCGUCAGACCCGCCUCCUCCCUCCAAACCUGUCCGUCACCUCUGACAUGCUCCGCCCCUUCCUGCCCGGAGGCUCCUCCCUCGAGCAGGAGCUAGAGAGGGGGAACGUUUACCUGCUGGACUACGAGGUUCUGGACGGCGUCCCGGCCAACGUGAUCAACGGAAAGCAGACGUACCUGUCCGCCCCGCUGUGCCUCCUCCACCUGAACCGACAGGGACAGCUGAUCCCCAUCGCCAUCCAGCUGCAGCAGACUCCCGGCCCUCAGAACCCAGUCUUCCUGCCCUCUGACCCCGGCUGCGAUUGGCUGCUGGCUAAGAUCUGGGUUCACAGCGCGGACUUCCAGUGUCACCAGUUGGCCUCCCACUACCUGAGGACUCACAUGCUGGGAGAGCUGUGCUGCGUGGCAACGCUGCGACAGCUUCCAGAGCCGCACCCGCUGCACCAGUUGCUGAUGCCCCACGUCAGGACGUCACUACAGAUCAACUUCCAGGCCCGAAUGUCGCUGCUGGCUGCUAACGGCGUGUUUGAUAAGGCGGCGGGUUCUGGUCUGGAGGCGUUACCUGUCCUCCUGUCCCGGGCGUCAGAGAGGAUCCGUUAUGAUUCUCUGUGUGUCCCUGACGACCUGAUGCUCCGCGGCGUGGACAAACUGCCUCAGAGCUACUACGCCCAGGACGCUAGGAGAGUCUGGGACGCACUGAACAGGUUUGUGGUCGGCUGGGUGGAUCUGUAUUACAGUGGAGACGAUGAGGUGCAGCAGGACUCCGAGCUUCAACACUGGAUCACCGACAUCAACACUCACAGCUUCACCCACAGCUCAGGUUUCCCUCCGUCCCUCCAGACCAAAGUAGAAGUGUCCACGUUCGUCACCAUGAUCAUCUUCUCCUGUUCGGCUCUUCACGCUGCUGUCAACUUCUCCCAGCUGGACUUCGCUCUCUGGAUACCGAACUAUCCGUCCUCCAUGUUUCGUCCUCCUCCGCAGGUCAAAGGCUCGCUGAGGACGGAGGACGACAUCAUGUCCUUCCUGCCGGAGGUGAACUCCAGCUGUCGAAUCCUGUCGGCGCUGACGCUGCUGUCGCAACCCGCCAUUGACUUUGUUCCUCUGUGUCACUACAAGGAGGCGGUCUUCAAAGACGACGCCCACCGCGGGCUGGUGGAGGCGGUGCAGGCCGACCUCAGGGCCAUUUCUGAUGACAUCACGGACCGCAACAGCCAACUGGAGCUGCCGUAUCCUUACCUCUGUCCUGGACGCAUCGAGAACAGCGUCGCCAUUUAAAUC